GACUCCUGCACGGUCAGAGAGUAGACAUGGAGGUAUAGUUCUCCUUCGGGGAUUUAUCCAGAGUUCUGCACGACUGAUCAAAAGCUACCUGCCUUUCCAUUGAGAGUUCUCGAAUGUCGCGGAGGAACCUGAUUUCGUAAGCUUUUGGGUAUCGGUGUGCGGUUCUUCUUGAAUCAAAGGUAUAAUACGAGUGCAAUUUUAAUAUCAUCAUUCUGUACAUCGGCAUUUUCAUCUUGCAUCUUUUCACCGAGAGUAGAUAUAAAGGCAAGUGUUUUCUUCCCUAUUAACUCAAUGCUACGAACGAAGACGAGGAGCAUUACUGAUGCUCGAUACAACCCAUGAUGCGGGGAAGAUUUACUGUGGAAAUGAAGAUCUAUUUUCUUAUUCAACUUCUUCUGGUCUUAUGUACGAUUUGUCAACCCCAGCGAACGGCUCUGGAUGACAAUAUUGGAGUGUACAGGAAAAUUCGUGAAUUUGCUCUGAAUGUCAUAGGCAGAACAAGUAAACCUGGAGGAUGGCAAUUGGCGCGAGCAAGAGAUCAGCAAAAAUUACAAAACACCGUCAGUCCAAGCACACCGUUUCCUUGCAAACUUACAAACACAAGAUCCCCAAAGCCUCCGACGUCUGUUCACAAGUUGAGGCCAGGUGACAUAGACGUAAUUGCAGCAAUGGGCGACUCCUUGACGGCGGGUUUUGGGGCAAUAUCAACGCAGCUUCCCCACCUUAUCGCUGAAAAUCGUGGUGUAUCCUGGUCUGGAGGAGGUCAAUCAAGCUGGAGGGAAUAUCUCACACUGCCGAACAUUAUAAAGGUUUUCAACCCGAAUCUCAUCGGUUACGCGCUGUCCGAUUCAUUCUCAACUCACAAGGAAUCCCAAUUGAAUGUAGCCGAGGGCUUCGCAAUGUCCGCCGAUAUGCCCUUCAUGGCACAAGUUCUAAUCAAGAGAAUCAAGAGCGAUCCAAGGAUUAACUUGAAGAAGCAUUGGAAGCUGAUCAGCCUUAUGAUCGGUGCAAAUGAUUUCUGCAGCGAAAUGUGUUACCAAAGUUCACCUUGGUCGAUAUUGGCGAAACAUCGAUCAAACCUUUUGACUGUGUUCCGAACGAUCAGAGACAACUUACCCAGAACUAUAGUAGCAUUCGUACCUACACCGAAUUUGAAAUUAAUGGUAGAAUUUACCACUCGACAACCAAUCUGUGAUAUAGCGGUCGAUGUGGAAUGCAGCUGUUUGUUCGGUCUGAGGUGGCGACGGCGAAGAGAAGAAUUCUACGCAAUCAUGAGCGAAUGGCAAAAGCUUGAGGAGGAAGUUGCGACGCUACCAGAAUUUCAAACGGAAGACUUUGCGGUCGUAGUUCAGCCUUUUACAACAAAUUUUUCGUUUCCGGUAACAACAUCCGGGUUGACAGAUUUCACUUACACAUCUGUAGACUGUUUUCACCUCAGUCAAAAAGGUUACGCCAGAGGUGCGAAUGCGCUCUGGAACAACUUAAUGGAACCCGUUGGGCGGAAGUCUAGAGAAUGGUAUGAUCUCUUUACAAGAUUUUUGUGUCCGACACCGAAGAGGCCUUACAUAUCAACGAUGAAAAACAGUAUAUCUUGACAAAUUGUCAUCAUAUGUUGAUUGCCAGAGA